AUGGUGAAUUUUAACGAGCCACUUUCCGUGCUGCAAAGGAUUUCUGAAGAUCUCGAAUAUUCAUAUCUGUUAGAUGAGGGUGCUGAAAAAAAUGAUUCGCUGGAACAAAUGUGCUUUGUGGCCGCAUUCGCGAUCAGCGCUUAUUCAACAACUGGUUAUCGUACAACGAAACCGUUUAAUCCAUUAUUGGGUGAAACAUUUGAAUGUGAUCGAUUUGCAGAUCUCGGUUGGCGAUCUCUUGCUGAGCAGGUCACUGGUUUUUUUUUUCUUGGCCUUCACAGUGGUGAUGAAGAAACGUAA